AUGCCUGACCGCUGUCCUUUCUGCAAUAUCGCCGCCACAAACCCACCGGCCCCCUUUAAUGAGCCCCCAUCGGAAUCCGCAGUCGCGGGUCCAAUCUCCGAUGCAUCAAAGACAACGGCCCACAUGAUCCUGUCUACGGAACAUGUAAUGGCCUUUUUGGACAUUAUGCCUCUUACUCCGGGUCAUGUCCUUGUGGCUCCGAGACGCCAUUAUGAGAUGUUAGGGGAUAUGGGCGUCCAGGCUGGACAGGAGAUGGGGAAAUGGCUUCCCAUUAUCUCAAGAGUUGUGACGAAAACUAUCUUCGGUGAGGAUCCGGAUAGACAUUGGAAUGUCGUACAGAAUAACGGUGCUCGGGCUGCACAGGUAGUGCCUCAUGUCCACUUCCACAUCAUUCCCCGUCCUCAGACAGAGGGUGUCCACAAGCCUGGGUUCGCCAUGUUUGGUCGUGGACAGCGCUCGGAACUUGAUGAUGAUGAGGGUGAGGAAUUAUCCCGUGCCAUGAGAGCUGAACUGGUACAGGAGAUCAAACGUAUCCACAGAGAAGAAGGUAUCGAUCUCUCGGCUGAUCUCGUCGAUCGGGGUAAACUAUGA